AUGGAUUCACCUGCAAAGCGUCUUCAUCUCAUAAAUACCCAUUUAACAGGUAAGCCUACUUUGACGAUUACAGAUAAUCGUACAGGUAAAACUCUGGAAAUCCCAGUAAAAUACAACUAUAUUGAUGCCAAAGAUAUAUCCAAAUUAAAAAACGAGCAAGGCGAGAACCUAAUGGUCUAUGACCCUGGCUAUAUGAACACUAUUAACUGUACUUCAAAAAUAAGCUACAUAGAUGGCGACAAAGGUAUUUUAGAAUAUCGCGGAUACCCUAUAGAAGAAUUAGCUGAAAAAUCCACGUUCUUAGAAGUCGCUUUUCUUUUAAUUUAUGGAGAACUUCCUACCCCAUCUCAAAAAACCCUUUGGGAACAAAGAAUUUUACGCCACACCUAUCUGCAUACAGAUAUCGGCAAAAUGAUGCAAAGUUUUCACUAUGACGCCCACCCUAUGGGAAUUGUCGUAAGCACAGUAAGUGCUAUGAGUACUUUUCAGCCUGAGCAAAACCCUACCCUUCUUGUCGGAAUUGAUCCUUAUUCAGACCCUUUGGUACUCAAUAAACAAAUUCACAGAAUUUUAGGCAGAAUGCCAACAGUUGCAGCUUAUGCUUAUAGACACCGUAUAGGAAGGCCAUAUAAUGAGCCAGCACAAGGUCUUGGGUACAUUGAAAACUUUUUCUAUAUGUUAGACCGUCUUAACGAAACUAAUUAUGCCCCUCACCCUAAGCUGGUAAGAGCUUUAGACAUUUUAUUCAUUUUGCAUGCAGAGCAUGAGCUAAACUGCUCCACAGCGGCCAUGAGACAUCUAGCAAGCAGUGAAGUUGAUGUCUAUACUUGUGUGGCAGGUGCUGCAGCUGCAUUAUAUGGCAGAAAACAUGGAGGUGCCAAUGAAGCUGUCCUAAGAAUGCUAGAAGAAAUUGGCUCAGUUGAAAAUAUCCCAGCGUUUUUAGAAAAAGUGAAAAGUGGGAAAGGAAGACUUAUGGGAUUUGGGCAUAGAGUUUAUAAGAAUUAUGACCCGAGGGCCAAGAUUGUAAAAAGACUUGCAGAUAACGUGUUCUCUAUAUGUGGAAAAGAACCGUUAAUUGAUAUAGCAGUAGAGCUGGAAAGGAUUGCGCUGACUGAUAAAUAUUUUAUUGAUAGAAAACUGUACCCGAAUGUCGAUUUUUAUACAGGAGUUAUUUAUAAGUCAAUGGGAUUCCCUACUGAUAUGUUCCCUGUGCUGUUUACAAUACCGAGGGUUGCGGGUUGGCUUGCGCAUUGGAAAGAGUUCCAUUCGGAUCCAGAAAAUAAAAUUGUGAGGCCAAGGCAAAAUUAUAUUGGGUAUACAACGCGGCAUUAUACACCGAUUUCUGAAAGAAAAGAGUCGAAAUUCCAUCUUUAUUCACUAUCGUCAAACCAUCAAAGAAGAAGAGAAGUUUAA